GUAGUCGUGGCGACCAGGAAGCCCGGCAACAACAACAACAACCGCCCACCCUCCCUGCCUCUGCGCGAUUCCCGCCAAAAUCGAGAGAGAGCACGAUAAUCGCGACAACGUCCCCGCCCCCCUACCCUCAGGGGACGAGGCCUCGCGGGGCCGGGACAGUCCAGGUACGCUUAACACCUGCUUCAAAAAUGUCGUAAAAUUGGGUCAGUCAUGUGAUGACCAACUUAACAACCAGCAUGACUUAUGACUAUAAUUCCAAGCUCAGUUACAGUUGGUUGAGAGUGACUGGCCCAAGGUCAUCCAGCUGAUUUUGUGCCUAAGGUUUAAUUAUAGACAGCUAGAACUACAUGCCAUAUUAUAAUACAUCAUUUUUACUGGAAUAUGCAGUUUGGCUACAUGUGAAAACCAUUCCAUUCAAGAAAAAGGAAGCAAAAAGCCUUAUUUAUUAUCAUUUCCCCCACUGUUGGCAUGGCAACACAGGCUUAUGUUACCGAAUUACAGGCAGCCCAACAACAAUCACAACAACAGCAACAGUCUCAGCAACAGUCAGCAGCAACAGCAAACACAACAACACCAGUGGUGGUGGCAGCAGCAACUCAACAACAGUAUGUGGCAGAAUUGCAAGGUGCCCAGCAGCAACAGCAGCAGUCAACCCCAAAACAGUAUGUUACAGAAAUCCCAACUUCUCAGACGCAGGCUCCACCCACUGGACAACAGACACCAACACCACAGCAGUACAUUGUAGUGACUGUUUCUGAAGGCUCCAUGAGGCCCAGCGACACCGUUUCAGAGUCCAGUCCAGGAUCCACAGCUACACAGUCAGGAGUGCCGACUCAGGUGGUUCAGCAAGUCCAGGGCACUCAGCAGAGGUUAUUGGUUCAAGCCAGUGUACAAACAAAACCUGGAACAGUAUCUCCUCUGCAGCUUACAAGUGUGCAAGUUCCCCCACAGCGACUCGUGGUACAGAAUACACCACAAACUAGCAAAGGAGGAUCAAUAGCUUUGACUGUACAUGGUGUGCAACAAGUCCACUCUUCACCUGAGCAUUCCCCUGUCCAGAACAGUAACUCUGCCGCUAAACCAGGACAAGUACAGCAGCUCCAGGUCCACGGAGUCCAGCAAGUGCCUGUUGCACAAGAGAGAUCUGUUGUGCAGACAACUCCCACAACUCCCAAAGCAGGUACAGUGCAACAACUGGCAGUGCAAGGGCUCCAGCAGGUUCAUGUUACUCAAGAGAAUGCAGACAGUGGUCCUUCUAAGAGCAGUCAGCAGGAGCAGCAGCAGGAGCAACAAGGAGUACAGCAAAGCCUCUCCCUAGAAUGCAACAGCAGCAGCAGCAGCAGUGCACCCCAGCUGACCAGCUGCUGUUUACCUGGCCCGGAGCACAGGCUCCACUACAUGCACUCACUAGAUUCUGCCUCGGAGCAGUGGGUGGAGCUGGUCCGCAUGCUUCCUCAGCCACUCCUCUUGCCACAACAGAAGGUGGUGAUAGAGCAGCUACCAUUCCUCUCCUCUCAUCACUCCAGCCCUGAUCAGAGAGUCAAGAUUCAGAGAGUCCCUCAGGUGCUAGUGUUUGGAACAGCAGCUACAGCACUUAAAGUCCAGCAGCUUCAGCAGGUUCCUGUGCAGCAUGUCUAUCCUAAUCAGGUUCAGUAUGUGGAAGGAGGAGAUGCCAGCUACACAGCAAGUACCAUACGCUCCAACACGUACCCUUACACAGAAACCCCUCUCUAUACUCAAAACACUGGAGCGAAUUACUAUGAAUCCCAAAACACCCCAACGCAGGUCUCCAGUCCAGCAACCUCACAAACAGUGGCCAGCAGUGGCUCUGUACCUAUGUAUGUUUCUGGAGGACAAAUCAUAGCCAAUCCAAAUGGAAGCAGCAGUACAGCAGCAGCAGCAGCAGCAACAGCAGGGGGAGGAGGAGGAGCACCAGCAGCAACAGGAAAUGGUGCUGGUGGUGGCAGCACUGCUGGAGGAGGUGGUGGUGGUGGUGGAGGAGGAGGAGGAGGAGGAGGAGCUGGUGGCAGCAGCAGCACAGGGACCUAUGUGAUUCAAGGAGGUUACAUGCUGGGAAGUUCAAGCCAGUCCUAUUCUCAUACCACCCGUGCCUCACCUGCAACAGUUCAGUGGCUGUUGGAUAACUAUGAGACUGCUGAGGGUGUGAGCCUUCCUCGCAGUACCUUGUACUGCCAUUACCUCCUGCAUUGUCAGGAGCAAAAACUGGAGCCAGUUAAUGCAGCAUCUUUUGGAAAGCUGAUCCGCUCAGUAUUUAUGGGACUCCGAACUCGCCGGCUUGGAACCAGGGGGAAUUCUAAAUACCACUAUUAUGGGUUGCGCAUCAAAGCCAAUUCACCAUUGCUGCGGCUCAUGGAGGACCAGCAACAUCUGGCCAUGCGGCAACAGCCUUUUUCUCAGAAGCAACGGCUCAAACCCGUUCAGAAAAUGGAGGGCAUGACCAACGGAGUAGCUGUGGGGCAGCAACAGGCCUCAGGGCUAUCUGAUAUCAGUGCCCAAGUGCAACAGUACCAGCAGUUCUUAGAUGCUUCUCGCAGCUUGCCUGACUUUACAGAGUUGGACUUACAAGGGAAGAAUCUCCCUGAGGGUGUUGGGGCUGAAGAUGUGAAGGCUUUUCAGCUGCUGUAUCGAGAACAUUGUGAGGCUAUUGUCGAUGUGAUGGUAAACCUGCAGUUCACACUGGUAGAGACACUCUGGAAGACUUUUUGGAGAUAUAAUUUGAACCAGCCCAGUGAAACCUCCCCUAUAGUUAUCCAUGAUGAAGCAGAGAAGCGUCUCCCAAAGAACUGCUUGGUGAUACUGUCUAAGUAUGAGCCUGUUCUCAAAUGGACUAAAGACUGUGACAACUUGCUAUACCAGGGGCUGGUAGAGGUCCUCAUCCCAGAAGUGCUCCGGCCCAUUCCGAGUGCCUUGACACAAGCAAUCCGAAACUUUGCAAAAAGUUUGGAAAGCUGGUUGACGAAUGCUAUGAUGAAUAUUCCAGAAGAGAUGGUCCGAGUGAAGGUGGCUGCAGCAAGUGCCUUUGCCCAGACCCUGCGACGUUACACUUCUCUAAACCAUCUUGCCCAGGCUGCCCGGGCUGUUUUACAGAAUACAGCUCAAAUUAAUCAGAUGCUAAGUGAUCUCAACCGGGUUGAUUUUGCUAAUGUCCAGGAGCAGGCCUCAUGGGUGUGCCGGUGUGAGGACCGUGUGGUACAGCGGCUCGAACAAGACUUCAAAAUGACUCUGCAGCAGCAGAACUCUCUGGAGCAGUGGGCAGUGUGGCUGGAUGGUGUAGUCAGCCAAGUCCUAAAACCCUACCAUGGCAGCCCCAGCUUUCCCAAAGCUGCCAAACAUUUUCUCCUCAAGUGGUCCUUCUAUAGCUCCAUGGUGAUUCGGGACUUGACACUGCGAAGUGCAGCCAGUUUUGGCUCCUUUCAUCUCAUCCGCCUCCUCUAUGAUGAAUAUAUGUACUACCUGAUAGAACAUCGUGUAGCUCAGGCCAAGGGUGUGACUCCUAUAGCUGUCAUGGGAGAGUUUGCAAAUCUGGCAAGUUCCUUGAACCCUUUGGACCCUGAUAAAGAUGAAGAAGAGGAAGAAGAGGAGGAGAGCGAUGAAGAGAUGCCUCAAGAAUUGUCUCUAAGCUCCAAUGAAUCCAGCAGCCUAACAGCCGAGCCUAUGGAGCCACCCUCGAAACUGGCACGGACAGAUUCACGGGGCAUCUUUGUGCAAGCACUGCCUUCCAGUUAAAGAGGAAUAAAGGAGGGACUGACUACUAAGUGGCCAGCAGGAAGUCAGGGUGCAUCUUGCACUGCGUUGUGCUGCCCUGCGAUAAAGAUGUGCUGUUCCCUGUCUCCGAGUGGUAUGCAAUGCGCUUUCAUUUCACCCCCAUCCCUGGCCUACCUGUACCCAAUACAAACCAAGUAAGAUCCCAGCAACACUCCCCCUAAAAGCCUGCCUAAUUCCUGGUAGCAUUGGGGGUGCUUGGUUAGUGGGCUGAUCAUGGUUUCACUGAUUGGGUCAGUUUCUUUUUUUGACUACCUCCUUGAUUACCAUAGGUAGUCUGAAACUGGCUUAAGUCAUGACCCCUUCAUCCUUGGCUGAUUUUUGAAGGGAAUUUAUGUGCUUGACCAAGCAUGGUCCCAUCUUAUGCUGCUGGGAAUGCAUAAAACCCAUGCUUUGAGAUUAUAAAAUUGGCCCACGUUUAGCAAGGGCCUAGCCUUUUCUGCCUCUUGGCAGAAGUAUGAUAUGCAGUCUCUGGCACACCUGAGUUAGUUGAGCCAUUGAAACUGAUUCUUGGUGAGUCAUUCCGUCCACUAGUUGGAUCAGGUUGAAUGUCAUUAUAUUGUGGGAAACUCCUUGUGUCUGCCUGUUCCUUGAUGCUGAGCAUCUGUCUUAAUACUACUCAAGGCUGCUGGACACAAGAGUUUGGAUUUCCAGAAGCUUGGACAGUGAUGGUCAAUGCUUGGGUAUAGGGUAGGAAUUUGCAAGAAUUAUUCCAGCUUGAGUGAAAAGUUUCUGUGUAAUAAUCAGCAUUGAAUUCUUGAAGCUUUCUGUGGCAGUGGCUGAAUUUAUAAGUGGAUUUUCUCAGUGCAGUAUAUGCAACUGGGCUUUCAGCUAUUCAAUGGUGCGAUGUUAUUUGGAAUAGGGCAGCAUACACUCUGUGCAGCUGUAAUUGUAUCCAAGUUUGGUUUGCCAUAGAUGUAUACAUAAUGAUCAUUACUAGGACAAGUGCCAUCUGCUGUACCCGUCUUUCUGACCCAGCAAAAUUCUGGCUACAGUUUCAUUUUUUUUUUUUUAGAGGAAAAAAGGAGAUUUCAGCAUCAUGGUUUCAGUUGAUACGUCUUGAAAUUGUGUCUGCCACUCUAGAUUUUCUAAUAGAGCUCAUUCUAAUUCUUCAGCUGCUUAGAUUGUCCAGUGCUAAUUCCUCUUGGACAAUUCAUCCCAAGCUCAGUGUUAUAUUUAAAAAAAUUCAGCCUCACAUUAAAUAUGUCUAAAUUUAUGGAUGCUUAAUGUACACUUGAAGUUCUGCUGCAAGGUUUUUCUGUUUCUACUUUUCCCUACUUUUUGGGAGCAGGGUGGCAGGAGUAGUAUUCUAUUCAUAUGCGUUAUUAUCAUCCCUGAAUACAGUUUUUUUAUGCAGCUUUCAGACUUGGUGCUUCUCCUGAUGAUUGUGAUACACUUGCAACUUUUAACCAAACUCCGGAAUUACCCGAGACAUGUCAUGAAAUCCCACGCUAUUAGUGUGAAGCCAGCCUAAGUGAGCCAUUUUUGAACUGUGCUAGCACAUCAAACAUAACUAACUCAACCUGUUUUGGUAAUACCUUUUAUUUUUCAAGCCUUACUUUGUAAAGCUAGUGGCACUAAAAGUACGCUUAGCCUUGGCAGAUGCCUUUAAUUGACCAAGAAACAAUGUUUAGAAACAUUCACCCCACUGUUGACUUCUUAAGGCCAUUACAGUAUUGGUGAUUGGAGUGGGGUUAAUUCUUUUUCAAGUGCUUGUAGUCCAAAGAUUGCCUGCUAUACAGGAAUAAGCUAGGAAGUGGGUAUAGGAACUGCUACAAUCUACACCACUAUGGAACAGGGUGCUUACUCAUCUCAGCCUAAACUUCUGUUAGCCCACCAUUACGUUACUGCAGAAUAACUAGAACAGGGAAUGCAACACUACUGAUCGAAAUGAUAGAUUUGCCAACUUACUGAGAAAUAGGAAGCCAAAUGGAUCAGAAAAUAAUUGGAGUAUAAAUGCAUACAAAACCAUAAGCAAGGACCAGCAAUGCAGAUUUCCUUCCUAUUUGUGAAGGGAUAACACAAAUGGUCAUUAAAAGUCAACUGGAUUCAUAGUUCACCAACUGAAAUUGUUUUGACUUCACAUCUAUUUAGAAUUGAGCAUGAAGACUUAGGUUCCAUUAGCAGCAAAAGGUAUUUUAUUUUGCAGCUGGGCAAAAUUACUACAGUGCCAUUCUUCAUUUUUUGACUAAAUUAUGUAAGGUAUAUGCAUCUCUGUGAAAAUAAUUUUGUGAUUGUGAGCUUUCUAAAGAACUUGAUUAAGCACUAAUAGCCAAUGAUUCUUGAAUCCAAAUUAAUGAUACUACUGUAAUAUUCCCCUGCAGAAGUCUUUUAACUAUGACUUUUAAAUAUCUGUAGGCUGUAGGCAUACAGAUGGGCAGAAGUAAGGGGUGUCAAAACAGUAUCUUCUUAUGUUUUAGUCCAUCUCUACGUGCUAUCCAUUUAGCCCAGACUUCCAUGUAAAAGCACUCAGUCUGAUAAACCUGAAAUUAGCAUGAUUUAAAUCUAAAUUCCCUGAGCAAGAAAAUAAGCCUAUUAAGAGUAUAUGCUGCAGGCAAAAGGCCUGUAGUUGCUAUUCCUCCUUAGGACACCUCUUCACAGUGGAAGCCAUAAUGAAAGAAACCCAUUUUUAAACUGUUUUUAUUUUCAUCUUCAGCUAAAUAGGCAAGCAGCUGAUCCAGCUGCUUCUAGUCCAGGAUAAGAUCCAAUGAAACAAAUGCAGCUUCCUUAGCUGCAGGAGACAUUAAAGUACCAGGAUAAGAUACUUUUGGAUUCUAGUCAUGAAAUUAUUUUCUGUCCAAUUUCUUUUGCUACAGCAAAUGAAAUGUGUUUCAGGCACUGAACAUAAACUUAUUACCUUGUAGUCCCUCUUAAAAUAUGUAAGCCUAACAAAGCUAUUUCUAUGUAAAGCUGUCUUUAACAUAGUAGCCCAAGUUGUGAAGUGGCACAAUUUGAAAGGGAGUAAAUAGAGGGAAAACACAAGUUUGGACCUUUUUGCUUUGCUCGCAAAGCAAAAUGCUGCCUUCAAGGAAACGUUUUGCACAUAAAGCACCUCUUAGUUUUGAAUUACAACAUAGAUAGUAUUUGCAAGAUGCAAGUGAGAAAAAUUCUCCCCUGCCUUUACUAGAGGUGCCAGAGCCAAUAUCCCCUUGCAUAAGAACCCCAUCUCUCAGAGAAGCACCUUAAUUUCCUUAUCUGGCUCAACUAUCAUUUUCAUAAAACUAUUUGUAGCAAAGCAGCAUGUAGUAUCCAUGGUUUCUACAGUACGUUUCUUGUGGCAUACCUAAAAUUUCAACUCCAUUGUCCUGGACAUGUGCAUAUACCUUGGUUUGUUGGAUGUAUGAGUAUAUCCAUCAGUGAAUCGUAAAUUUCGUGCGCCAACAGGAUAACCAAUGAUAUCUACAAGGACAAGCACUUAUCAGGUUUUGAGAAAUAGAUUCCUCUGUUCCAGCAUUUCCCCUAGUCCUUGCUCUCCGAAAUGUAUGCAGAUUGAUAUUUAGCUUUAUGACAGUCCCAAUUCUGGUAAAGAAAAUGGAUCUAGUUGUUUGCAAAAAUCUUGCUUCUGUGAGCUAGCUAUUCCCUCUCUUUAUAAACCGCAUAAUGCUGGAUCCACCAAUCACACAAAACCAACAUGAAUAAGCUUACCUUUGUAUUCAGUUGCUGCCUUACACAACAAAAUCCUUUCCUUCUGAACCAGGAUUAUCUCCAUUCACUAAGCAAAUUAGCUGCAGAGCAGCUAGGAACAGUUGUUAGUAAACCCAAGCCAGUCUGAAUACUGCAGACUGCGGAAAUACUUGCAGAGUAUAUUUAGUAGCCCACACAAACCAGUCCUGUUCCCUCUCUGUGCUAGUAACUAAGCAAACAGAUCUGAUUACUUGCUACCCUAGUGAAAGUAAUCACUCUUCUGGUUUGUAACUGAAUAUUAGAUAUUCUAGUUUUAAACAAAAAUAUCUGUGCUUUUCUAUGUAAUAACUAAUUCUUGUUCUAUAAACCACCUAAAUAUUGUGAGAUUGGUGAAGAUAAAUUACUUGAUAUUUUUGGGUUUUUCAACCAUCAUGGCCUUAUUUGUUCAAUUUUUCCAGUGUUUUAAACCUGUGAUAUAGAUGUUUAUUGCAAAAUCUACAUAUUGUAUAAAAUAUAUAUUUUGUGUCAAUCUUUUGUGCGGCGGCAACAGCAGCAGCUUUAGCUGUUCUAUAGACUUCAAGUGGAGUCUGAAGAGCUUUGUAGGUGUCCUGAGUCCAUGAGAUGGGCAGUGCCUGUGGUCAGAUGAUGUAUGUGUGUGUAGUCUAGAGUGCAACAGCUGUUUUCUACCUUUUGUAGUUCUUUCUUAAGAAAUAAAUUCAGCCGUGUUCUUUGCCUAG